AUGUCGUGUCUCCAGCAUCUCGAUAUCAACGCGCUGCCUCUGAACACGCCGAUGCUCUUAAUGACGGCAGACUCCCUCCUGGACGACGAUUUCAUGCAGGAAAGAGUUCCUUUUGUGGAGCUUCAACCAGCUCAGGGGGGAGUGGUGCAGAUCCGCAGGUCGGGGUCUUCCAGGGCUUUGGGCUCUGCGUGCAACUUCGACCUCGAAGACGGUGCUGAAUUCGAGACGCUCUCAACUCCAAGCGGGAUGUUGGGGAUAUCGAUGGAGGACCGGAGCGAAGUUGUUGAGUGUGAUAAGGCGUAUGAAGGCAAAUGGCAGGAGUGGCUAUUGCUCAAGCCACUGCUUCCUCCCAGUUUACUCGUCAAGAACUUGGCCGCUGCCUCUCUUUCCGAUCCCGACGCGCGCAGACAGUUGAUCUGGUAUCUCUUGGAAGCCGGCAACUCGAGCGAAACAGUUGCCGAACUUCUGAAGCUCCUACUUGCUGACCCCAACGCUGGUUUGAGUGCCGCCGAACGUCAAGAGCUGGUGCUGAAGCUGGCUGAAAUGAAUAUAUCGAUGGGGGAGAUUGGGGCUAUGAUGGCGUUGAUGUACCCUACCAAAGACCCAACCAGCACGACCAAGAGUGAACAAGCAAGGGCGAUAACGGCACAAGAUGGAUGCUCGGGGGACUGUGCCGGGGAGUAUGUCACGGUGGAGCAUGACUACAUGUAG